CACCCUUCAAAUCUCGGCUCUCGAACUCAUGGCAAAGACCGAAGGCAUGGCGUCAGAGAAUUCCGCCGGAACCGCGUCAUUUUACGACGUCCCGAUCCCGACCACCUUCCCAUUUUCCGGCAUCUUCGCUCCCGAAGAGAGCUCGAGCUCGGUAGGCUUCAUGGAAUUGCUGGGGUUUCAGGAUUUCGAACCGCUGACAUUCGAUUUCCCACUGACGCCGCUUCCGGAAUCUUCCGACACGGUGAAUUUUCCGGCGACGCCGAACUCAUCUUCGAUAUCGUCGUCGUCGAACGAAGAUCAUGUGAAAAUGGCGGAAGAAGAAGAGCCAGAUAAGGCUAAGAAACAAUUGAAAUCGAAAAACAAGAAACGGAGGAUGGAGAAAGAGCCACGAUUCGCAUUUGUGACGAAGAGUGAGGUCGAUCAUCUGGAAGAUGGAUACCGAUGGAGAAAAUAUGGACAGAAAGCUGUGAAAAAUAGCCCAUUUCCAAGGAGCUACUACCGUUGCACCACUGCCAUGUGUGGUGUCAAGAAGCGUGUGGAGCGAUCGUCUGAUGAUCCAACUAUUGUUGUUACAACAUAUGAGGGGAAGCACAGUCAUCCAAGCCCUUUAGUAACCCGCGAAAGCCCUGCUGGAAUCACAUCAAAUUCCAGAGGCUUUGCCACAUCUUUCACCCCACCAAUGCAAAUCACACAGCCACAUUUUCAACAACAACAGCAACAACUUUACAUGGAUAGCUAUCUACCUUCUUCCAAUUUCACUCCAUCUUCUUUUAUUCAAGACCGACGGUUCUGUGCCCCGUCGGCUUCUUUGCUCAGAGAUCAUGGGCUUCUACAAGACAUUAUUCCAUCGCAUGUUAGAAGAGAGUCGUAGAAGGAAUUGGGUAUGCAAUUUCUUCUUUUCACUGACUUGAUAUGGAGAUUUUCUGGUAGAACAGAGGAAUUAUAUGAUAAGCGGGCUACGCUACUUGCACAUGAGUAUUACUCGGGUUUCAGUUCUAGCAAGUGGGGCACAUCAUUUGGUAAUCCAACCCGUUGGUCCGUUUAUGUAGUUUUAAAACUCGAUAAGUCGACUCCACCAGAAGUUUUUUUGUUUUACAAGUUGUUCAGUAAUAUUUAAAUUUUAAAAAAUUUUAAAAAAAAUCGAUGAUAUAAAAUUACAAAUCUAUAGUCUAAGCGAGUCGAGUCAAGGUUUAAUGACUCGUCCAAGUUGUAACUCGACACAACACCAAAUGAGUCGGUCUGAAUCUUAAAACCAUGAUUGGAGUGGAGUUUUGUGAGUUCUCAUCAAGCAUUUUUUUGCCUUGACUGGAGUUGUGACCUAGUCUUGAUCUAGUUGACUCAGUCCAGCUGAGUUUUUCCCAGUGUUUUUAAGCUAUGUUCAGUUGUGUCCCACCUUUGACGGGUUAGGCCUUGAAAAAUAUCAUUGAUGAGCCAAUCUUGGCUUUUUUCCAUUGGUGGUCCAUAAAAAGAUUUUAAGAUGACAAAGUGUAACAAUGGAUCCACAUUUGAUAUCUUUGAAUUUUAGUGGUCCAUCCAAGACGGGGACAACGGACAAAUGGUCUAGAUUAUCAAACCAUGGGCCCCACAUGCCAGAAUUAAAAACCCGUGUCUAUUGUGCAAAUAUAAUUCCUCUAUAGAGAAAAAUCCACUUAACAUACACUUAGCUGUAGGUUGACUAUGUUUGUUCAUUUUGGGGGCAUUGUUUUGUUCCUUAUCUUUGUAUGUGUAGUAUUUUAAUAGUGAGGUUAGUUUUUGUUCAAAGGAAAUUGGUUCCUUCA